CAGACGGUGCUUCAGUCGGCAUUUGGUCGGUAUUCCGUAACAGCGGAGCUAAAUGUUGCAUGUUCCUCACUUUUGACGUUUCUUUGACUGCAGCCAACGAGGUUCCUGCACCAACAUCACAAUGACACAAAUUAUAAUCCGCUUUGUUUGUCUAAUUAGCCGCACAACUUCGUUAGCAACACUAAGCUAAUAGUUACGCAGCGCAGCAGAUGUCCUGCAGCAUGUCUGCUUGAUUCACUCCAACAGGUGUUGGUUACAGGACGGUCCAGUCUAUCCCUAAUGCUUUUGUCAUUGCUAACUACACCGAAGAGAAUUGAAGGCUAAUUUUCUCUGAAUUUGUGGCUGGGUUAGCUUUUAUAUAUGUUCAAUCGACCUGUAGUUGUCUCCAGUUGAAGGAAAGUGAAUCACCUUUUGUGUGUCAUGCUCGUCAGGUGCAUCCUGUCGAGUCCAAUCAGAUCGACAUGUGCCACUGCUAAGAUAGCAUGUUCACAGAGGGGUUUUGCAGUCAGUCAAAUAUUAUUUUUGAAGCACAAUCCCGUAGGUAUUAGUGACUUGAAAAACACAUCUGUACACCGAUUCCAACUGAAGGCGCAGCCCUGUCUGCAUCAACUAACAGUGUGUGACAUGCAGGCAGCUAGUAUCUCGUAUGGAAAGGAGACCACUGCAGUUGCUUCAGGUGAUGAUGAAGAUGACGAGGGUGGUGGUGCAGGUGUAGUUGCACAGGAGCGUGGGAAGAAGGAUGAGAAGUUGACGAAGGCAAUACUGAUUCCAGGUCGGGUGGAUGUAGUCAGCAUGGAGGUGCUGCAAGAUAAGACUGACACUGGAAGCUGGGAAUUGUCAACUCCAGAUGGAUCGGAUGAGAAGACAAAAAGCAAGAGACGGGGGGAGAAAAGGAACUGGAGGAAGAAGAAGCUCAAGUCAUCUGACACCGCAAACAAUUUAAUGUCUGAGCUUCCAUUUGCUCUUACCAGCCCCACCACAUGGGAGGAGCUUGGAUACUCCAAUGAGAAGAGGCGAAAGAGAAAGAGAGGAGACAACGGAGGGCGAGUGGACAGUGAAGAGGACGCAGAGAAGAAGAAAAAGAAGAACGAAAGUCAGCGACCAAAUUACUUUGUCUCUAUCCCAAUCACUAACCCACAGAUCAGUUCUACUGUUCUGGAGGUCCAGGAGGCGGUGCUUAAGCAGGAGCUAAGACUGGCAAAAGCCAUGAUCCCCGUCCCAACUCUCCACAUCACGCUGUUAGUCACUCAUCUCGCCAAUCAGGAGCAAGUAGACCUGGCGGGAUCCGUGCUGGCUCAGGCUGAGCCCUCAUUGGCUGAGCUGUUGGGAGGGCGGGAUCUAGCGCUGCCCUUCUCGGGGAUCAGUCAUUUCAGGAAGGAGGUGGUGUUUGUCAGUCUGGCCCCCGGACAGCACAGACACACACUGGACAGUGUGGCAGAGUUGUUGCGGAACCGUUUUGUGGAGCAGGGUCUACUGCAGGGAGACGGUCGUGGGUUUGAACCCCACCUCACCAUUAUGAAGCUGUCCAGAGCAUCAAAACUACGAUCACAGGGUAUAAAACGUGUAGACCCGGCUCUCUACUCCAACUACACCACCAAGUUUUUCGGAGAGCAGACAGUCGAGCGGGUGGAUCUUUGUUCCAUGUUGAAGAAGAAGCAACAAGAUGGAUAUUACCACACUGAGACUUCACUACAGCUUGAUUUGGUUCAGAACCCACUCCGUGCCAAACGUUCAAGUGGUCGUCGCCGGUCUGAGCCCGACGAGGCAGAGCUACUCAGGGUCAGCAGGCGAUUGGUCGAAGAUGCUGUCAAUCGCGCCUUACAACAGUACAAACAGGAAACACUCCAAAAUGGGGGCGGGCCUAAUGCCACAGCAAUGCAGCCCCCUGGAAAUACUGAGGAAACUGACACAAAGUUGGACACUACAGCUAACUCCACCACAGACAACAGGAAGUGACAUCAACGGACUGAGGUACAAAGACUUGAAAAAGGAUCCGCCCAGAAAACAUCAGCCAGGCCUGGCAGAGCAGGAGAAAGGGUCAGGGAGCUCUGAGCACAAACGCCUGAACCAGCCAACCAGUCAGCCCAGUUUGCUGACCAGCCAACCCAGCUAGCCAGUCAUGCUAGCCUCUGCCCAACUAAACGAGCUGGAAACCGUGCUAGUAAAAUGUAGCUUGAGUUCAGUGCUAUGUGACUAGCUAAGUCAGCUAGUUUACUCACUAACUGUGGUGUCCCUCAUCUGACAGCAAGGCUACCAUCCCUCCAUCUUUAACUCAGCUGAGGGUCCAAAUACCUGAUAAGCACUCCUGUAGAGACACACAAGCACACGUUGGGUUCCCUUUGACCUGUCAAUCACAAACUGCCCUUCGAGAAAACGAUAAUGAGAUUUUUGACAUUUGUGUUUAGCAUUUCUCUGGAAAAAUCUGUGCUAUCUUCAGGAUUUCUCAACUGCUCACCUUAAGGAGGCUGUAUGGAGAAAGCUGCAUCGAUCUAUGGCGUCUUAAGUUGUGACUGGAUUCUUCAAAAUUUGGUUGGAACUACAGUAUGUUGAAUUUGGUCUGUGUCGGAUAUUUAGGUUUCUGUUUUUGUAGUCUGGGUUCAUAGCACUGCAUACAAAACUGCAUUUUUGUAUUAAUUCCAAUUCUUUAAAGUUGUCAAGCCACAACUAUACUUGAAGUAUUAUGAUAACAAAGUGUGUCCUGUGGAGGAAGCACUGAGACAAUCAUGAAGUAAAGAUCAUUUAAUAAGCUCUGAAUUUACAUAUUCAAACUAAAAAAUAAGCGACGUCAGUUUUUAAAAAGCUUAAUCUGGACCCUUCUGUCGGGCCCUCAAACACUAUAGAUGCAAACAGCUGUUAUCAUGUUUAUUCAUCUCCACAGCACAAAAGAAGUUAGGGGACUUAGACAUUAUUUAGUGAUGCUUAAAAUGAAACUACACUGCUAGAGAACACUACCGUUGCCACAAAUGCAUUUUGCCCCUGUUAAUGCCAAACCCUCCUUUAAAACCCUCGAGUGACGGGCUACUACGUACAGACACAGCUUCCUGCCUCUUCAUUUAGCAUUUUAUUGUUUUCUUUAUUGUUGUAAUUUAUCAUCAGUUUCCCUCUGUUAAAUGAGCUUGAAGCAGCAGCACAUUGCAAAAAUUAUGUUUUGUCUUUUGUUGGUGUUUUGUUUAGAGUCUGGACUGGAGGCCUGUUGGUUUGAGGCUCAGUGAUAUAUUGGAGGUGUUAAUGCUGAUCUGAGAGGCUGUUUUUGUUUCAGUACUGUUAUUGUGAGAGCAGUUACUUGGAUGCUGACAGGAUGCUGAUAGGUUAAUUUAAACAAUCCCUGCUGUCAGUUGAAAACCAUCCAGGACAUACAUUUCAUUGUCUUCCACACAUUUAUUAAAAAAAAAACAAAAAAACUUGAAAAUGAAAAAGGCUUUUCCUGCUCUGCAUCUUCCCCCAGCUAAUGAAUCCCGAUAAGAAACACACUGUGUGAGUUUCUUUAAAAACUCCACUUCCUGAAAAUGAGGCUUUCAACUUACAGCAAGCGGACAACGAUGAUGAAACUGUGAUAACACAGGUUAUUGCUUUAAGCGCUGACAUUAUUUAUGUUUUUUUUUUUUAACCUUUUAAACUAUUAUUUGUAAUGAUUUGGUUUGAAAUUAGAAGGAGAGAAAAAAAUUGAAAUAAUAAAAAGAGGUGUCAGAUAAAAAAAGCACAACAUUUUAAGUAAUCUUUAAUUUAGUCUUUGGUUUCACUUUUAAAAAUCAGAAAACAUUUGUUGGUAAAUCAAACAACCUCUAAACGAAGUGGCCAAAAGUCACCAAUACAAAUCGAUGUAUUGUUUUGUUUAUUAUGUAUAAUUGAGGUGACAAAGCAAAGGUUUAGCCAGUUUGCUUGACGAUGGCUCAUUUCACUGUGAGAUUGCCAAAGUCUCUAAAAAUGUCAAGCUGUAGCUAAAAAAGUUGGACUCUCGAUUUAAAUGUCAGAAUGAUUCACUUGAAAACGCUAUUUCUGUCAUUUCUUUGAUGGCGUUCAGCAACAUGAGGUUUGUUUCCUUAAGUGUGAACAGGUGUGAGCUGGGAGAUGUGCUCUCAUCCCUGUGAAAUCCACUCGAGUCCUGUCACUGCAGGCUCUCUGAAAUCCUCAAUUCUGUCUUAAGGUGGACUUUGAACGUUUUUGUUUUGAUCUUUUAUUGUCACCGGAUCCUUAAUCUCCUUAAAACCCCCUUUAAUACACAAGUUGUCCUGUUGGCCUGUGAGUUCAGUCUGUUCUGUGUGUCUUAUUUGUGUGUCUUAUUUGUGUGUGUGUGUGUGUGUGUGUGUGUGUGUGUGUGUGUGUGUGUGUGUGUGUGUGUGUGUGUGUGUGUGUGUGUGUGUGUGUGUGUGUGUGUGUGUGUGUGUGUGUGUGUGUGUGUGUGUGUGUGUGUGUGUGUGUGUGUGUGUGUGUGUGUGUGUGUGUGUGUGUGUGUGUGUGUGUGUGUGUGUGUGUGUGUGUGUGUGUGUGUGUGUGUGUGUGUGUGUGUGUGUGUGUGUGUGUGUGUGUGUCAGUCGGAUAUUUGAUCGGUGGUUCCCUAGAGACACUUUUGUCUUAACCAAUCAUGGCACCUGGGAGCGGCGUGUGUGUGCGUGCGUGCGUACGUGCGUCUGUACAAAUUUGUCUUUCCAUUUGUCAGUGUGUAUGUCUGACUGUGUGUGUUGUUUGUACUGUGUUGUAUAUACUGUUCUGCCAUAUUUGAACAAUAAAACAGGAUAUGAGUUUGAAAACCACUAUCCUUUCUUCUUCUCCUGAUUUCAGUCCAAGUGCUCGUGUUCGCCCACAGAGCUCGCUGAUUGAGUGGACUCUACCUACAGUAUGUUCUCAUGAAUGCAGAACUUAUUUCAAAGUCGCUUUAUUUUCUGAAAGGAACUGUCUAACCCCCACACAUUUUCUAUUCUACUAUUAAAGGGCUUUCAGGAGUGUUA